AUAAAUAACCCUCUUGUGACCCAAGCAGUAGCUGACCACACACACACAUACACACACACAGGCUGAGCGUUACAAACUGCUAGUAUGGAUCAAGCACUGGAGAUCGAGCAUGUUGAUUUGGAGUGCACAGUGAACAAUGCCCAACACCACACAGAGCUGAAUGGAGCAGAUGGACUGAUCGUGAGGAGAGGUCAACCCUUUACCAUCACCCUUUACUUACGAGCUGGCUCACACUUUCAACAUGGAAGCAACUUCAAACUCAUCACCACUACAGGCUCAGACCCCUCUGAGCUCGCAGACACUGCUGUAAAAUUUGGACUCAGUAAAUUUAUAUCCAAAGUCCGCUGGAGCGCGACAGCAAUGUUAGCAUCUGAGAGGAGUGUUACACUCACUAUUGGCUCUCCUCCUGAUGCCCCCAUCGGCUUAUAUCAAUUCAGCCUCGAGCAGGCCAGCAAGGAAGUAAUGGAAGUCAGUUUGGGCCAGUUUGUGCUGCUCUUUAACCCCUGGUGCAAGAGAGAUUCAGUGUAUUUGGCAAGUGAGGCUGAGAGACAAGAGUAUGUCCUUUCUCAGGAUGGACUGAUCUACCGUGGAAAGCCCAAACACAUCACUACACUUCCAUGGACCUUUGGACAGUUCGAGCCUGGAAUCUUGGAUAUCUGUCUGAGAGUUUUGGAUGAAAACCCGAAGCAUUUGGAAGACCCAGCGCAGGACAUUUCAGACAGGAGAAGCCCUGUCUACGUCACCCGAGUCAUCAGUGCAAUGAUAAACAGCAAUGAUGAUAACGGUGUUCUGGUGGGGAACUGGUCAGGAGAUUAUGAGGACGGCGUCAAACCCACUACAUGGAAGGACAGUGGUAGCAUUUUACACCAAUGGAUUGAACAGAACUGCACAGGAGUGCGAUACGGACAGUGCUGGGUGUUGGCCGCUGUGGCAUGCUCAGUGUCCCGGGCGCUGGGCAUCCCCUGCCGAGUGGUCACCAACUAUGAAUCAGCUCAUGACACAAACAGCAACCUGCUCAUCGAACGCUACUACAACGAGAUUGAUGAGGAUAUAAGUGAUGACUCCAUAUGGAACUUUCAUGUAUGGGUGGAGAGUUGGAUGACCCGUCCUGACCUUAGGCUCGGCUACGAGGGUUGGCAGGCCAGCGAUCCCACGCCACAAGAAACAAGCGAUGGGGUGUACUGCUGUGGUCCAGUCCCUGUGAGAGCAAUAAAGGAAGGCGACCUGAGCGCAAAUUACGACGCUCCGUUUGUUUACGCUGAGGUGAAUGCAGAUGUUGUAGAAUACAUCGUACUGGGUGAUGACAAAGUGGUAAAAGUAGGAGGAUCAGCUACUCACGUGGGCCAGUGUAUCAGCACCAAGGCAGUGGGCACAGACGAGAGAGAGGACAUCACACACCUCUACAAAUACCCUGAAGGUUCAGAAGAGGAGAGGCAGGUGUUUGAGAAGGCCAACCACAUAAACCGGCUAAUCCAGAACGAGGAAGAGCCCGGCCUGUAUGCGAAGAUCAAACUGAACCCUGAUAUGAUGGUGGGUUCAGACUUUGACGUGUACGCGCAGGUCAAAAACAACACGGACACGGUGAAGAACUGCCGUCUGAUGUUUUAUGCCCAGGCUGUGACCUAUAACGGCAAACUCGGGGGGACAUGCGGCCUGACAGAGCUCAGUGAGGUUAACCUUGCCCCGAUGGAAGGAAGUGAGGCAACACUUUGCCUAAAAUAUUCAGAGUAUGGAAAAGCCAUAACUCAAGACAGGAUGAUCAAACUGGUUGCACUGCUUAUCGACUUGGAGACCAAGGAGCUUCAGAGAGAAACGAAGACUAUAGUACUGGAGAGCCCUUCCAUUAUCAUCCUGGUUCUCGGGGAUCCUAAAGUAGGCCAGCCUGUUUUGGUUGAUGUGACGCUGCAGAAUCCUCUGCCUGAAUCGCUGGAAAACUGCUUCUUCUCUUUACAUGGAGCCAACCUGACAGCCGGCACGGCCAUCACUAAAGCUGUUGGGACAGUUGGUCCUGAGGACCUCGCCACUGCUGAGUUUGAGUUCACACCCAUGGCGUCAGGAAGACGAAAACUAGUGAUCGACUUCUCGUCUGAUAAACUCAGCAACGUCCACGGAUACAGUAACAUAACUAUCGAAGAAUAAAUGCCUUCGUUCUUCGCUGACCAAAACGGAUUCGUAUUUCGCUCAGAGUUUACAGAUUGCGUUUUCAUGAGAUUACAUGCUUACGUUACAAGAACAGAAACUAAAUCACUUCCUUUUCACAACAUUAUAUGCAACUAUAAAUGGAUAAGUAGUACAUCAGUCUUUCAUUUUCUUUUCAAAAAUGUAACCUUUAGCAACCUGCUGUGGUAUAAGUGGAAUAAAAGCCACACUACCCUC